AUGGCUUCAAUCCUCAAUUUGAGUGAUUUACGAAAAGGAGCUCUCGGAAGUGAGGUAGUGAUAGUUGUUGCUGUACCUGGUGUUACAGGUUUGGCUGUUAUUUUUGUUGUCAAUGAAGUUCAUGCUGUUGACUAUAUGCGCGAGUGCAUUUGGAAGGAUCACUCGAGUCGACAAUCACAUGUUGUAGCUGUACUGAUACUAAAGGGUGGAAAAGGGCUACUUGCUGGUGGUCUUGGUAUCGGUGAUGAACUAAAUACUGCUUAA